CGCAUUUGUAUGCUCACCAGCUGGUGUACUCAGAUAGUAUUCGGUAGGACGAUUAUUGAACGUGUUAAAACAGCUGUUCGCGAGCAUUUAUAAAAGUUUCGUCCGAAAUUCUACGACAGGAGAUUAGAAGGCAGAACUUACGAGUAUAGGGACGAUUGAGUGACGAAUACGUGCCAAACGCGAAGUAAAAAGUGAAGUUUAUUCUAUAGGAGAAGUGGCGAUAACUUUUUUGAAAUUUGAGUAGUGUGUGUUGCUGCAUAAGGUGCCCUUGGGAUGCUACAGAGUCGUGGAGAGAUUGACAAGUCAAUAAUAUUUAUACCCCGUAAAACAAAGGCGAAAAAGUCAGUGAGCUUAUAAGUGAAGCGUUAUCUAUCUAUGUGGAAAACUUUAACUCAAGAGUGUCCAACGUGUAUUUCUCGUUAAGUCACGGAUCGUUAAAUCCUGGGUGUCGGUGAUGCCGUGCAUGAUGCCCCUAGACGAAAACGAGCAGCGCGUGCGUCUGGUAAUCCUAGGUGGUCCGAAAGUGGGUAAAAGCUGUCUUUUGCGCAAGUUUUUAUUCAACACAUUUCCUGACAAGUACCGUCCAACCGUCGAAGACAUGUUCUUCAAGGAGUUCAACCUCGAACACGUUACACUGAAAGUGGAUUUUCUAGACACUGCAGGAGACAAUCAAUUUCCCGCAAUGCGACGACUUUCCAUCGCAAAUGGCCAAGCAUUUCUUCUCGUCUAUGCCAUCGACGACCCCAACUCGUUCGAUAUGCUCAAGCAAUGUUUUGAAGAGAUUCGAGAAGGGAAACCUGAUUAUCAGAACGCUCCGUACAACAACUCAUUCGCCCACACGAUGAGAUACUUUUCCUCCUACAGGACAUAUACGUGUUCAACUAACGUCGUGUUCUCCAGCUAUACUGCCGUACCGACUGGCUUGAACGAGCAGCCUAGACAAUACAAAGUACUUGAGGAACUACCCAUCGUUGUUUGCGGUAAUAAAAGCGACACGCCGGAGCUGCGAAGGGAGGUGAGCAAACAAGACGUCAGUGAAUGGCUGUACUGCGAAUUGCCUCGAAUCAAAACUAAGUUAGUUGAGUGUUCCGCAAAGGACGGUAGCAAUGUUCACGAGGUGUUUCGGUCAUUCAUUCCUCUGUCGGGUAUUCAGCUUCUACAACAUUCAGAGGGUAUUCCUACGACACCACAACUACGAAGACGUUCGUCUGUGCACCUGCCAAAACGAUUCAGUAGUCCGAAAGGACAGCAACCUCCUCCGCAGCUUCCCGCAGAGCCUCCUUCAGCUCUUCAAAACUGCUCGGCCUUCAAGUCGAAGCCACGUUCGCGAUCUUUAAUUCGACGUACGAGUAAAAAGAACAAGGCAAAAACCGACAACGAUUGUGCCGUUUCCUAAGUGAAAUCGAAGCGGACGCGAGGUCGGCCGAGGACAGCAGGAUGCUUUUUCAAAAAUGCUUUUAUUUGGCUUUUGAAAGCGGGUAGAGAACUACUUCACAAUUAAUCCCUCUCACACAAAACAGGCAUCGUAAAAAGACCUUGUCAAUUGAUCGGCGCCAGCGCUCCCACUGUGUACCACACACUGAUCCACCCAUCCGUCGAUGACACAAGCUUAAUCACCGUAAAAAGUAUGCUUAUUACUACUUUCGGUAUAUGGUUAUUAUUGUCGAUAUCAUAACGCAGAUGGCAGAAUUUCGAUACGAACACGCGUUUUGAUAAGGAAAAAAAUAUAGUAGAAAAAAACAUGUAAUAGAGAAAAAAUGUUCCGCAUGGAAACAAGGUAGACGCCACAGUUAGCUUCUCAAAGUCGGAUCGAGCUCAAGAGUACGACGCCGCGCGAUGCCUUUUGUGCACACUAUUGGCUCACGAACCAUAACAGCCAUGUCAAUUGAUAGGCUCGAUAUGAUCGCAAUAUUUGCAGGAACUGUUUGAUUCAGUUAUUCGAUCAAUAGUUCCUGGUAAUGUCACUGUUUAUGCUUGCCUCGCAUAGCCGGCAGGACGUUACUUGUACUUGUUGCCAAAGCUAGUACUCCCUUAUUUACAGAGCGAAAGACUUUAUCAGGGACAGAGAGAAAUGCGGAGACGGAAUGUUGGCGGCGCUUGAAAGCUCAGAUUCAAUCAGUCGACGUUACCUCGGAGACGGUACCAGCUCGAGAGGAGAUAAAUCCGCUGUCUUAUGAAAAUCAAUAAGGUGGAUAUACUAUUCGAUGGGCUGUAUUUGUCUAUGUACGACUGAACUGUGAUGACAUUAUGUCAGAUUAAUUCAAAUUUGUCACACGAGUCUGACCGAGCUCGAAGAAAAGAAAAAAAAAAAGCAAAUAUCGUACGGUAUAUACUGGUUCAGUUGAAGUAACAUCGUACGCUAUCCCAAGUAACAUAACGAAACAACAUAGGCCAUGUUCCAUCCGCUCAGACUGUAAACGACGAAGCUAGAGGGUAGUAACAGCUAACUAGCAGUAUUACUAAUUAAACUAGGGAUACGAGAGAACUUUUUUACGGCCGACGGUUGGUACGGGAGAAAGCGUGCGUCCUUUUCGAAGUUGGUCAACGGCCGCGCUCUAGCUACAUUGUGAUAAAAAGUAUGUUCAUGAUAAAAAUAACAAUAUUAAUUACCGUCAUUUUGAAAACAAUUAGAAAGUAAAUAUGACUAAUAUUAUUUAUAGUUAUUCACUCAUAUUAACUAUACUCGCUACAUAAUAAUAGGAAAAAUGGCGCCGAAUUAAGAACAUGUUAAACGAUGAACGAAGGCAUCUUGUUUAAGAUAAACAUAUAAACAAGGCAGCAAAAAAGCAGAAAGAGAAGAUUCAUCCGUUACUACUACUACUACUACUACUAUUAUUGACAUUGGGCCAAUUUAAAAUGGAACAACACUGGGUUGAAUACAUCCGGCGAACGGGUAAAAUAGGGGUAAAAGGCGAAUAGUUUAUAUAUGUUGAAAUGGUGUUUCCUCAAUUAUCGAUAGAUAAGUCGCUUGAUUGCAAACUACUAUAAAUCUAAUAUUGAUAUUAAAACUAUGGUAUUUCUAGUCGACCUGUUUCCUAUUUUUGACUUGAGAUACGCGAGGGAAAUAUUACUAGUAGGUAAACAUAUUCCAGGGACAUAAACACACCAUAUAUGUAGAUAUAGAUAUAGACAAGAGAGCAGCAAUAAAACAUUGUUUUUUCGGUUUCCUUCUUUUCACAAACACCAGAGUAACGAACACACUCUUGGUGUUGCUCACUCUAUCGCUGCUGCUAUAAAUUGUUACAAUAAUUAUCUUAUGACUAUUAUCGAUAAUAAGACAGUCAUAAAAAAGAGGACAUAUUACCUUGUUG